UGACGCAGUCAAGUGGCGCCCGGCGGGAGCGCAGAGCCGGCACCACUCCUCGCUCCACAGCCAUGUUCCCGUCGGCGCCCGCCUCCCCGCGGACCCCCGGCGGGUCGGCCCGCAGGAACCUCUGCAGCGCCGCUCCUAGCCCGCUCUCGCGCCCAGGCGGCAGGAAGAACCUGGGCAUCGUGGCGGCAGCCAGCUCCCCUGUGCUGUUUUCUCCAGUGGCGAGGAGGAGCGGCUCCCUCUCCGCCCGAGCAACUCCUACCAGAGUCAUCCAGCAUCCCUCAGCAGGCGACACUAUUAACUAUGAUGUCAGGGCUUUUGGAUCCUCUCUGCCUGUUAAGGUUAUGGAAGCCCUGAAGAAGGCAGGUGCUGAUGACCAACUGAGCGUUCAAGUGGAUGAGAGUGGAUGGGCCUGGCUAGUCCAUAAAGAGAAGCUGAUUAUUUGGAAGAUUGGGCAGUCUUCAGUAGCUAAGUUAUCUCUGUGCAAGGAACUGCAGCUGCCACCCAGUGACUUCCAGUGGAGUUCUACUUUAGCAGCUAUAUCUUGUCUUGGUUCCUCAGGUGACGCACCUUCUCUGCAGUCCCUGGCAAUAAUGGUCGCUACCAGUGAAGGUUCUGUGCGCUACUGGCCUAACGUCGCACAUGAAGGUUCCUAUGUGGAGACUUUUACAGACUUUGGAGGCUCUCUGUGCAGUUUCCUAACAGCAGUAAAGGGAGGAAGCUUUAUUUUAUCAUCUUCCAGAGGCCAGCUAGUUCGACUGAUACCAGAUAGUUCUGGCAAGAUUCAUCAGCAUGCCCUGCCACAGGGUCAGGGCAUGUUUUCUGGAAUUGGUAGAAAGGUUUCUUCUCUUCUGGGUAUAUUGUCACCUGGACAUGAUGCUGUGAUUUCCAGCGUUCUUUGGGAUAAAGAGAGAUCAAGCUUUUACAUGCUGACAAGUUCAAAUCUAAACAAAUGGGAGAUUGAUGAUUCAUCAGAACGUUAUAUUCUCAGCUGGGAUAUCAACAGGAUCCUGAAGGAACAUAUUACAGAUGCAAUUUGGGGUUCUGAAAGUAACUAUGAAGAUAUCAAAGGGGGAGUAAAUAUACAAUACAUGGAUUUGCAACAGAAUCGUGAUGGUCUGGUGAUACUUGCUGCAGCAUGGCAUCCUGGAGAUCAUCCAUGCCUUGUCUACUACACUCUGAUAACAGUAGAAGAUAAAGGCUUCCAGAUGUCUGAUGAUGUUGUUGUGGAGGUCACACAGUACAAUCCAACUUUUCAGUCAGAAGAGGAAGUGCUGUGCUGUCUGGUAGUCCCAGAUUACUUUAGCCAUGCUGCUUACCUCUAUAAGGAAGAUGAAGUGUUUGCUUGUUCCACUGGAACUGGAAGAGUUUCUUUACCACAGGAGAAAAUCAUAUUUGGCAUACAAGGAGAUAGCAUUUUAGGAGCAGGUUCCUGUACUAGCCUCCCCAUCUUCUUUACCAAAAAAAGUGGACUUACCACAAUCUUGUCUAGGGAAAACAGUUCUGUGCUUCCUGAAGACCUUGAGGAUUCCCUGUCCUGUUCUGUUGCUGGACCAAGAAGUGAGAGUCCUGUUUUUGACACAACCAGUAGGCUGGAAAUCAUAGCUCAAGAAGAUAAGACUAAAUUACUGAAAGCUGCAUUUCUGCAGUACUGCAGGAAAGAUGUAGUCAAUGCACAAAGCAUGGUAGUUGAGCUCUUUCCAAGUAACACAGAUCUGGAUUCUGAUGCUGAACUGGAUAGGGCAGUGACUCAGAUCAGCGUGGACUUAAUGGACGACUACCCUGCCUCUGAUCCAAGAUGGGCUGAAUCUGUACCUGAAGAUGCAGCUGGUUUCAGCAACACAUCUCUCAUCCUUCUUCAUCAGCUAGAGGAUAAGACAAAAGCACAUUCCUUCUUCAUUGAGUUUCUUCAUCAGGUCGGUGUGUUUGAACGGCUGGGCAGUUUUCCAGUAAGAGGGACACUGAUGGCAACUAGAUUGUUGCUCUGUGAGCAUGCUGAGAAACUAGCAGCAGCUAUUGUUCUCAAGAAUCACCACUCCAGGCUGCCUGAUCUAGUGAAUGCAGCUAUACUGAUUGCAUUAAACAAAAGAGAGUGUGACAUUCCACCAAGUCUUACCCCUGCAGAUGUGUUCUUUCGAGAGGUGUCCCAGAUAGAGUCCAUCUUUGAAUGCUUACUGGAAGAAGAGGAACAAGUCCUGAAAGAUACACCUAUUGAAUCAAUUGAGUGGGCCCAGAUUGUUGUCAAUGUGAACAACAUCAUUAAGGACAUGCUACAAGCCGCCUGUCAGUAUCGUCAGUCUAGAGCCUCUUUAUAUAAAACGGAUCUACCAGAAAGAGAACCUGAAUACAUUCCAUGGACAGCAUCUAGUGGCCUUCGUACAGCGAUAACCCGUCAGCAUGGAAUCAUUCUGAAGCUGGUGUAUCCCCAGGUGGACAGUAACCUCCGUAGCAUUGUGGCUGAGCAGCUGGUGGCCCUGCUGGAUUGUCUCCUAGGUGGCUAUGUUUCUCAGCUGAAGUCUGUGGACUGCCCUGCUGGUCAGGAGCGAUACAGCAAUCUGGAAAUGGAAUAUGUGCAGAAAAGAUCAGAACUCUUGUCUCCUCUCCUUUCCUUGGGACAGUAUCAGAUGGCAGCUGCUCUAGCAGAGAAAUACUGUGACUUUGAUAUCCUGGUGCAAAUGUGUGAGCAGACGGAUAACCAGGCCAGAUUACAACGUUACAUGAGUCAGUUUGCAGAUCAGAAUUUUUCAGAUUUCCUGUUUCGCUGGUAUCUAGAGAAAGGAAAGCGAGGGAAGCUGUUGUCUCAACCUGUUGCUCAGCAUGGACAGCUGGCCAGUUUCCUGCAAGCUCAUGAGCAUCUGAGCUGGUUACAUGAAAUCAACAGUCAGGAUUUGCAAAAGGCUCAUAGAACGUUGCAGACUUUAGCAAACACAGAGACUCGAUAUUUUGCAAAGAAGAAAACACUUCUUGGCUUGAGCAAACUAGCUGCACUGGCAUCUGACUUCUCAGAAGAUGUAUUGCAAGAUAAAAUAGAAGAAAUAUCAGAGCAGGAACGCUUCCUGUUGCAUCAGGAGACGCUUCCUGAGCAAUUACUGGCAGAGAAACAGAUGAACCUCAAUGAUAUGCCAGUGUUGUCUGCAUCUCAGCUCAUCGAUAUGUACAUAUGUGAUGAGAACAGAAGAGCAAAUGAGUAUGACUUCAAGAAAGCACUUGAUCUGCUGGAAUAUAUUGAUGAGGAAGAGGAAGUGGAUGUAAAUGAUCUGAAACUUAAAAUUAUCUGUAAGGCUCUCCAAAGAGAUGGCAUCUCAACGUAGAAGCUUUUUAAGAGGAACAACCAUGGAGGUCAUUCCUGCAAAUUUUUGUUUUGCUGCUUUUUGGCUAUUGAACCACAUUGACAAGUUCAUUAUCUUUCAAGUUAAAGCUGUGCUCUUGACUGUAACAGAUCAAUACCUCAAAUACAGCUUGGAAGAGCCACUCUCACAGAUGUUCAGCAUCAAACAGAGGCUGAAUCCAAUUGGUCAGAAGAAUCUUCUCAUCAAGCAGUGCUACUGUUCUCUCCUAGAUCAAGAAGCUCAAAUAGCAUUUCCUGCCUUUCCUUUCUAAUUUUCUUACCCCUGUCCAUAUUCCAAGAGGACCUAAGGAAGAAAGGAUGAGGAGAGAACACAUUCCAAAUGAAUUGUGCCAUUUGUCAUUAAAAUGGAGAUAAGCAGCAUUUGGAUUCAUGUUUACCUAUAGGAUAGAUUCCAAAGGACAGUGCUCUGUAGAAAAGAAAUUCCUGAUUGCAUGACUAAGUUAUUGUUACACAUGACAUACAGAAUAGGCAGAAACAAGGUCACACUGUUCCAAGUGUUUUCUUCCCUUCCUAUUAUUUUUUAGACAGAAGAAUCCAGACCUCCUGUGUAGCACCAGUCCAGUAACUGAUUUUUCUCCCAUCUGUCUUUGUCCAAGAACAGGGUUUUGUACGUAGAUAUGAUUUGAAUAGUUUAUAUAUUAAUACUGACAAGAUUUUGCCCACUCUGCUACCUAAACACAUGCCAUUUGAAAUCACUUUGUAUGGAAAUCAAUGAAUAGUGUUUGGAAAACUCCAUGUCCCAGUUGAGUUUCCAAUCCAGCAAGGCUCACAAAGAGGUUAAUGGCUGUUUCAACAAGGAGUAGUGUUAACUGUCAUCUGUGUGCAAAAGUAAGCAUGUGCCAUGCCACAGUACCUACUUCUAAGGAUGGCAUCUGUUUGCCAGAUUGACAGCUACAAAUAGUGCUAGGGUUCUAGGGCAGAAUGCAUAGCCUCACUGAGUGUGCUCCUGAGAUCCUGGUAGGGCCCUCACCCUUCACGUCUGUGCCUAAGAGUCAUUUGUUUCUUCAAAUCCCCCUUCCUUCCCACUUUCCCUCACUCUCUUCCCAGUAGAAUUUAAAGAUGAAGUCCUAGAAGAUGGGGACUUUCAAGUAACGUCCUGGUUUGUGUGAAGUACAGAGGAUUUGUCAGCUUACAGCUUCUGGGAGCCAGGUUCAGAUCUGUUGCAGGCAUGUCCCACUGGCUCAAGGAGGUUCAUGUCGGUUCAGGGAGGGAUGAGGACUGGUUUUGUCUGGCAGUUAAAUGUAUGGAACAGAAAAUUUUAAGUUAGAACCAUAGCAAAAGAAGUUAGAUUCCAGUUGAAUUAAAACUGCUACGCAUAAAGCUCUGCAAGGAUAAAAAAAAGGACAUUUAAGAUAUUCUUUCUCUUAGAAAAGUGUAUUUAGAAUUUUCUUAUUACAGAUGACACUUGAAUUCAUGAGUCUUCACCUUCACCUUUCAUGAGGCAAACAGCUGUAUUUGUUUGGUGUCUCUGUGUGUUCUUACAGGCCUGCAACUGAGACUUUUAUGUUUUUCCUCCUCCUUCCUUUUCUCAGUGUUUGCUUUUUUGUUUUCAUUUUCGUUUCAUUUUGGGUUUAUUCCAAAUGUGUUGGCAAAUUGCUUGCUCUUGCUUGAUUCUAGUAGAAAAUAAAUCUACACUUUCAUCAUCUCAAUUGUAAAAUAGAGUUGGUUGAGAAAAAAUAAUGCUGA